CGGUGGUGUCUGUCAUCGUGUCGCCACACAAUCCGACGAUCGUUCAACAAAAGUGUCGCAUUGCUCACCAAAACGGAGUGACUCAAUUAUCUAAGCCAGGCUAGCAUCACCGCACAGCCCGUCUCACAGGUGAGACUGUGAACGAGACUGACGACGAUGGAAACUGCUUCCAUCGCUGAGAAGGUGCGCCACUGCUUGGAGGGGUUUAAAGCGAUCGCGAACGCUGGUCAGGUAUCUGAAGAACUUGCUAGGUUCAAGGUCUGGACAGGCAAUAUAGGCGCUCAUCGCAAAGGCAGCAGCUCGCUGGAUUAUCGGCUUCGUGAUGCAUCGCAUCUCAGGAUCCAAGUCAUCAGUGUUUUGAGUGACUUAAUCGAGGCUUUGUCUGAUGCUGCCUCUAUCCUGAGAGGAGAACAGACACCUUGGGAUGAACUCCCAGAGUAUAACGAUGAGCUCCAAGAGACCAAUCCGCCCAGUGUUCUUGGGGAAAACGAUGUGGAGUUCGAAUCGGAACUCUCACAGAUCUAUGCUGAUAUUACGGAAGUAGUUGACUGCUUAUAUCGUAUGUCGGUAUCUAUACAAAACCCAGCUCCAUAUAAUCGAUUUGAACUGGCAGACAAGAUUAUUGAUGCCUCUGUAUUUGAGGCAGCCGAUACAGCACAUGUACAACAAAAAUUUCCGGGAAUAUCCAGGGAAGUCGCAUUGCGUCUGGGUCGAGCAAAUUCUCGCCGGCGGCAAUAUUUUCGAUACAGGGAGUCUCAUCAUGAAAAGCUUUCUCAGGGACUAGAAUUCGACUCCAACAGGACCGAAGCUGGUGGCCCUAGUACGAUAGCAUCUUCUAUACCAAAGCUCAUGAAGGAUCCUACUACCGUCAUUGAGUUUGAAGAGAUGGAUGAAGACGCCCAAUCCGUGGGUGGGCUCACAUAGACAUCAUAUGCAACCUCUGCAUCAGGCUCUGAACCGUUGAAAAUGCCUCCUCUG